CACCACCACCAUGCCUGCUCGCCUGCCCGCCUGCCCGUCGGCCUCCCUGCGUGCUGGCGGCCAAGCAUGCUAUGCUAGUACCCAUGCGCCAUCUCCCGCUGCUGUGGGAGCAAAACGUCGGUGCGGGUUCGGGGGGACAGGCUGGCUGGCUGGCUGGCUCGCGGACCAAGGCGGUGGAUGAGGAAAGUUUUCUUGGGCA